CAGCUUAUGGCAUUCUCUCUUCUUCGCUGAGAACGCAGAGUAAUGGAGAGCGACGUCGAAGAAUCUCUGAGGAAGAAACCGAGAAAAUACCCUUUUCCCGGCGAUUCCACGCGCAAGAAUUUUGUGCAAGAUGAUGACAUUCAAUUGGAGACUACACGGGCUAGAUUUGCAAGUUUGCUUAAAAGGCAUGGAGAAUUGACAGAACGUCUUUCUAGGGACUCUGAUAAGAUGAUGUAUGAGCGUCUACAGAAAGAGUUUGAAGCUGCACGAGCUUCUCAAACUGAAGAGGUAAGCUUAGAUGGAGAACAGUGGAAUGAUGGUCUGUUAGCAACGAUAAGAGAGCGGGUGCAUAUGGAGGCAGAUAGAAAGGCAAUGCCUGGAGAUGCUAACAUAUUGGAAUGCCCUCAGGAAAAAAUUACUUACAAAAUUGGAAACAAGGUAAUUUGCUGUUUGGAAGGGGCUAGGAUUGGUAUACAAUAUGAGACAUCUUUUGCUGGAGAACCAUGUGAGUUGUACCAUUGUGUGCUUGAAAGCAAGUCAUUUCUUGAAAAGAUGACUGUUCUUGAACACACGGUUCCAUUUUUUCUGCCCAUACGUGAAGCUGAAAACGAUCUGCUUUCAUCUAAUGCAAUGACAUUCAUAGAUCAUGUCGGAGAUCUUCUGCAAGCAUAUGUAGAUAGACGGGAACAGGUACGACUUAUAAAGGAACUUUAUGGAAAUCAAAUUGGAGAACUGUAUCAUAGCCUUCCUUACAACAUGAUUGAAUUUGUACUGGAGGAUUUUGAUUGCAAGGUAACUGUCAGCCUUAGAUAUGCGGAUCUCAUUUCUGUGCUUCCAACUCGAAUCAGAGUGCUAGCAUGGCCAAUGCACCAAUCCAAGAAAAAUACUCCUGCUACGGCGACUUUGAACAGGAAGGAAGAUGGACUACUGGGAACUAAUCCGCCCAUUCGCCUAACCUAUGCAGAAGAUGCCCUACGAACCAUGAGUUUACCAGAAGCAUACGCAGAGAUUGUGUUGAAUCUACCACAUGCGCUUCAGCAGAUGUUUAACCAAAGAGCGAAUUCCUAAAGCUAUGCUUCCAGUCUGGAUCUGUGCAAACCUUUGGUGGGGAUAGGUGUUCAAGUAGCAGAAAAAUACUCUUACAGGCUCCAGUUAUUACUUGGUCAAAGUGGAUUUGAACAGAGCUGAUUUUUAUGUAAUUUUUGCAUGCGCCCCAUGUGAUUUCUCAAUACCUAUUGUGGUUUGUUGGAUUGCUAGUUCGGUAGGCUAUUGGAGACAUAUUCUCCACUACAACAAAACUCAUACACUAGCAUGUAAUUAGAAUGAAGCAUUUUCUCAAUUAUAGUUUUUCUUUCAUAGUUUCCGUUCAUUGCACAAUAAGGCAUGAGGUUAUUUUGGAGUUUUCAACUAGGGAAUGGAGGUGGCUUUUCAUGUGA